AUGUCAGCUCCAGGUUUUGGGCGGCCCAUCCGGUUCGUCUGGUUAGUUCAGCUAUCACUGCUGGAAGCCCCUGCGGUUGUUCGGCUGCAUGUUUGCCGGGGGAGAUUGGUGCUCCUUGAGGUAUGCCCUUCCGGUGGGUUGUUCUCUGUCUUUUCCAUCCAGUGCCCGCACUGCGUCAGAAAAUCUUCGUCUUCGAUCUCUCUUCGCAACGCAAUAAAGAAGUUUUUCAUUUGGGGCACGCUUGAUGGGUUCUUGCGUCAGCAGGGUGUUGAGCGCUACGUGUUCUUGAAACAAGGGCGAGCUGAGGUGAGCCGAAUACUCACUACCAUUUUUAGAGGUCUUGAGUCGAAGCAGGGAACGAGGGAAGGACAAGAGUAUACGGAACGAGAAGUGAAGGCGGGGGCAGCACCUAUUGGAAAACCUUGA